AUGUGUCAGCGGCUGCAAUGGAUUUUGAAGCAGCCUACAUCGUUGAUUCAGUGGGGGGAAACGCCGACUACAUUCAAGUCGGCGAUGGAAUCAAGCGACUCCGGCAAGUGGAAAGAAGCGUGUGACUCGGAGUUCGAUUCGCUUCAGAGAAACGACACGUGGGAAAUCGUGCCUCUUCCGAAAGGUCGCAAGGCCAUCGGGUGCCGAUGGGUUUUUCGUGUAAAGGAGAAUCAAGAUGGCGAAGUUGAACGUUUCAAGGCAAGACUUGUGGCCAAAGGAUUCUCACAGAAAUUCGGAGUUGACUAUGAAGAAACUUUCGCACCGGUGGCCAAGUUCACAUCGAUUCGUGUGGUGCUUGAUGAACUUUAG